AUGUCCGGGCAUGAUCCUCUGACCGCUUCUAGACGCUUGGAUAUUUUACUUAAGCAUCUUAAUAAUGAAGAGGAUACUAAUAAUAAUUCAAAAGAAUGGCGGACUUUAUCUCCAAGUCAAUGUUUAACUGUCUGUACUAAUCGAGACAGAAAAUGGAAUGGAUACGGCUAUAAAGACACAUUUUUUAAAUUUGAUGAACGUGGAACUGCCUUUUCAACAGGAAACCGUUAUCCAAAUUUUAGUUCUAAAGAAUUUCAUGAACUUCGUCCUUGGCUUGAACAAACACUUCGAAUAAAUUUGAAAACUGUAUGUCCAGCUCAACCCAGUAUUAUUGAACUGGCUAGUCCUAAUGUCAAUCAUGAAUUUUAUGAUGCAAUAAAACCUCAAGGAAUCAUGAUUUCAUUUGCGGAGCAAGACAGGCUAUCACAUGGACACGGUAUUAGUACUGCUGAAAUUUAUAAACUUAGGCAUGGGAAUUUUGCUCGAAUACCCGACGCGGUAAUAUGGCCAGAAACCCACGAGCAAGUGGUAGCCGUUGUUCAAGCUGCUCUUAAAUUUAAUGUUGGUUGUAUCCCAUAUGGCAGUGGCUCAAAUGAUGUUGAUGCUUUGGAGUGUCCUGAAGAAAUUGAAAAAAGAAUGAUAAUUUCUUUGGACUUGAGGCAAAUGAAUAGGAUUCUAUCAUUGAGUAAAGAAAAUAUGUAUGUUAUAGUUGAAGCCGGAACUGUUGCACAAGACCUCGAAAAAGAAUUGAGGAAAUGGGGUUUUACUUUAGGAUGGGAUGCUGAAAUGUUAGAAUUUUGUACUGUCGGUGGUAUUGCUUCCCUACGCUCAGAUGAUAUCAAAAGAAAUAUGAGUGGUGAUCUUGAACAUAGUGUUAUAAAUUUCAAGAUGGUCACCCCUGCAGGAACAAUACAAAGAAAUUAUAUAAAUACAUCACCAAUUUCUUCGGGUCCUAAUUUUCAAAUAUUAUUUGGUACUGAAGGUACAUUAGGCGUCAUUACUGAAUUAACACUUAAAAUUCAUUUUUUUGCAUCUCAACAUCUUUACGUUCCUAUUUAUUUUCCAUCAUUUCAUAAUGGACUUUUAUUUCUUCGCGAAAUUGCGCAAAAGAAAAUUAUAAAAUUUAGUGGUGCACGUUUGGUAGAUGAACCUGGAUUACAACUUGUACAUGCAUUUAAUACUACAACACCAACUGUUAGAUCAAUUUUUUCUGAAGUAAUAAAAAAAUAUUACCUGAAAAAAAUGAAAAAACUGGAAGCUGGUAAAAUGUGUUUGGCUGCUAUACUUAUUGAUGGUGAUGAUAUUGUAAAAUUAAAAGUAUGUGAAAAAAAAAUUGGCGAAAUUGGAAAAAAAUACGGUGGCGUAAUUGCUGGAAGUGAUUUAGGUGAAAGAAUGUAUUUCGUAUCAAAGAGAUUACCUUACCUUCGUGAUUUUCUUUUAGAUUAUUAUGCAAUUUCUGAUCGAUUAGAUGCCACUGCCUCGUGGACAAAUGUUGAAGUGCUUGUCGAAAGAGUAAAAGAAACAAUUACGAAUACAUGUAAGGCUCAAAAUAUUCGACCAAGACCAUACAUUGGAGUUCGGAUUGACCAUAUAUAUGACAUAGGUGCAAGUAUAACUUUCACUUAUGGAUUUAAUUGUCGCAAUCUUGGUGAUCCUCUUAGUGUAUUAAAACUUAUAGAACAAGUUGCGUUAAUUGAAAUAUUACGAUCAAAUGGAUCCGUUACACAUAAUACUUCCGGUAUAGGAAAAAGAAAAAAAGAAACUUUUCGAGAGUCUUUGAGCGAGCCUGUCGUUAAAGUUUUAAAGAGUAUAAAAAAGACACUAGAUCCAACAAAUAUAUUUUGUAAUCAAAAUUUAAUGUAA